AUGGGACAAGAACAAAGCAUUGGCGGGGGCAACGUGCCCGCCUCGAGCAAAGAUGCCGGCGUGCACCGAGUUGAAGGCACGGGCCAAUCGGCCACUUCAUCACAACCUACCACAAAACUGGAUCAAGUUGUGGCAAAGUCAAGCUCCUUGAAUUUACCACAGCAAAUCUUACCCCCUCCCCGUGUCAAGGAUGAAAUGCCCUCAGCGCUGCAGGGCACGCUUGUCAUGCAUGAAUUGAAUCGCGUUUUCCAUAGUCUGUUGAUGGGAGUCGAGGAAACUCCGAAUUCACGCGUGCAGUCCACAACUCUUGAGGGAACUGAGGCCUCAGGUUCUACUGAUGGCCAUGGGACAGCAGGCACCCCCGGGCAGUCCGACGGCUCUAACGUGGAUGGAGAUGGAAGAAAAGAAGAAGGGCACGCCGGCAACAAUGUUUUGCCAGAACGGACCUCGAUCGAUGACCUGACGAGGGAAUUAUCGGAAGAUUCGCGAGCAGAACAAAAUCGCUGGGCACGCUUGGGCAUUGAUGAAGCAACAGUCAGUGCCGUGCUAGAGCAAUGUACAGGAGGACCGAAGAUGGCCAGCGUGUUGAAUCGACAGGCUCUGCUCUUGCAACAGAUUAUGGCUGCAAAAGAAAAGUCUGUCAGACUCAACGCUGCUAUGGAAAAGCAUGGGGUGGCCGCAAAACGAACUACAAUGGCGCUCGAGCGGCUCGAUCGAAUUCACAUUGCGUUGUCCGAUGUCCAAGACAAUUUAGAGUCUGCUGUUGCUACAGCAAAUAUUCUUGGAGCCUCGCAUUUCUCUCAUGACGAUGAAAUGUGCUCGUUCAAGAACUUUUUGCGCCACAACCCGCCGAAAUACUCUAAGUCGGAACGUUGA